AGUGACAUGGAAGUCUUGGCUAAGCCUCUAAAUAUCGAGGUUCGAUAUAUGAUUUUCCAUCAACUAAAGUGUGUGCUUAAUGAGAACCUAGCUAUGGCUACCUGCGCGUCCGUCCUGAGGGCGCUCAGCACUGGUGCGGUAAACGAAAGUAGCAGUCUAGUCCAGUGUAGAGGCCCCCAUCUGGUGCAAAGUACUCUUUUGUGUUCUCAAAGUAAGGUGAGACGAGCGAGCAGAGUGUAUGCGAAGUUUGAGCGCUUCGAGGGCGGACGGGAACAGGCUGUUGUUGUGAAUAAGCAUGAAGCAGAAGCCGAAGAGCAGGAAAAUCCUGAUGAAGACGUGGAAGAUACCAGUGAUAGUGUGUUCCCAGCUGACUUGGAAGGUGCUAUUGAGCAGUCUGCCGAAUCCACAUCGCAAUUCCUCUCAGCCGGAGGGAAAAGAGCUCUCGUGGAGCUCUCCCUCAUGGAGCUGGAGAACUUUGACACUGAUGGCGCACAGCAGCAGCUCUGGGACUGCUCGAGGCUGUUUGUGAAGUCGGUGCAGAAGCGUUUCCAAAACCAGAAAAUAAAAGCUAUCUUUCCUGACAUGGGGGCCGCUGCGUAUGUGAAGUUCCAGUGGAAGGAUGAAACCAUCAAGUAUGGAAGUCUAAAUGAUCGAAAACCUGUGACGGAUGACGAUGACAUCAUAAUGCUGAUUGCUCCCGAUCAUCAAAUGCUGGAUCAAGUUCAAAAGAUUGCGUACUCCCUUCUGGACGAUGACGAUAUGCAAGAGAAGCCAUUGAUAAUGUGGAACCCCCAGCUUUUCAGCGGCGACGUUGGUAUUGGCCUAAACGUUCGUAGAGUUCGCAACGAAUUUUUAAGAACCUUUACAACUGUGUACUCGCUAAAGCCUUUGCCUACUGGCGCCAUUUUUAAGAGAUACCCCGGGCUUUGGAAAAUCUUUCUGGACGAUAAACAACGACCCGGCCGCUACUUGUUCGCAAGGGAGCAAGCUAGCAAGCCAGACGCUGAAGACCUGGAGGCCAUCCUACUCCAAGGCUCAGCCCCGGGAGACGAACCGCAAGUACCAUCGUUUCUCGCCAACGCAAUGGCAACCAUGUCAUAUCUCGGUCGAUUCAUGAGAUCGCUUUCCCAGUGAACAAACAUACAUACAUGCAUACAUCGAGCGUAGCAGCUGCAUCGAUUUGGCAGGAGGAUUUGCUGCUGCGGCUGCGGCUGCUGCUGCUGCUGCUGCUCCGGUUUGUUCUCGGCAUCGCUACCUUGCUGGCGAAGAUCCGUGGAGCUGUCGUCACUGUCGAGGAGGCGAUGGACGCCGCAGCAAGUGGCCAGGACGAGCGCCGAGCAGCAGACUACUUCUCGCUCCAGAUGCGAGCAGUAGCUCUCGAACAUUGUCACUGUUACUUGGAGGCGAAAGUCGAGACGAAAGAGGAACUGUAGCUCCAGGCGAUUCAUCUCCAGCGUGCUCACUCCCCCGACUUUGGCGUAGUACGCAUUGUUAUAGUACCUGAAGCAAGAGCCACAAACUUUUCAGCCAAGAAUCGCAAAAGCAUUGAUCGAAGAACCAAAA